CUGUGCAGACACGUUGGUUCUGUGCUCUAUCUGCUAUUGGGCCCCAUUCAAACGGUGAAAUUGCCAAAGAGAAUGUGAUGGUCCAACUUGGAGGUAAAAUAUUGGAGAAAAGUGUGAGAAAUUAAAACAAGUUCUUACGUGUUAUGUAUAUGUUCCAGAGAAAGGUCCUUACCAUGGUGUUAGUGGGUUUUACAUGUUGCUGUAAUAUCCCUUUGUCUUGUUGCAUGACAGGUACAGUAUAUCAGAAAUAUGAGCCAAUCUUUUUCCAGUCGAUUGGAAAUCCAUUUAUUUUUAGAUGCUUGGAUGGCGUGCUCAUUGAUGGAAAUGACAAGGGAAUAUCGAAAGUUGUGUACAGAUCUUGCAAUGGAAGGGACAGACUUGGCCCUUUAAGAAUGAGCGAUAGCACUUGGCUAACAUCAGAAAUGCAGAACCCUCUGGCGGUAGGCCAGUAUGUCAACAAUUGCUCCAAUGACAGACCAGCGAACGUCUGCUAUCAGGAGUUUGACGUGCCCGCGGGCUUCCCUGUGGAACUGAAGCAGUACCUGCCCAACACCACCUACAGCUGUGCCCAGCAAAGGCCGCUGCGCUGCGUCGUUCUCGUUGCUCUCAGGGACGUCAGACAAGGAGAAGAGCUUUUCUCAAACUACUACACGGUUGUCAGCUGACUCUUUGAAUAAGGAUCGGGUUUUCUAUUCAAUUCAUGUUAAUAUUUUGGUUAAUCACUUCUGAAUUCGAGUGGGAAUUUAUUUCUAUUUUGUUUCAAUUCCAUGAUAAAAAUUAUUUGCUCAAUUUCAAUUUCAAAUUUGCAGUGCUAUUCCAAUUUUCAUUUUCACCUAAAUACAGUAAUUAAAUUAAAACCUACUGCCUGAAUUUAUAAUUUUUCUUUUAAUAUAUCUUGUGUCCAUCUACAUGUGUGGUUAUAAAAUGUUAGCCAAGUUAUCAGCAAUUAUUUUACUGUUGAUGUAUAUGAACUUCUGAAAAAUGUUUUUCUAGAAUAAGCUAAAGCCAAACAUUUUUUGUUCCCAUGAGUUAAUUGGUGUGUGUGUAAAGACUGUUUUAGCUAAGGGAGAAACGGGCGGGGGGUCAUACCAUUUUCUCUAUUUGCACAUUUACACAGAGAUUAAAGCAGCAUGAGACUGUUUGGCAUGUGGGGGAACACCGGCACGAGCGCUCCUGUCUCCACGUGGCGUCCCCGACGCAUGUGAAUGCCGGGUGCGCCUAAUGAGCCCGUGUGCAUCAGGGCCAGAGGCCUGGGAGAGGUCAGAGACGCCCCAGGCUCAGAGCCUGCCACUGACGGCGAUUGUGGCCCGAAGGGACGAGGCCUGGGAGUCACCAGAUGAUUCUGCUCCUGCCCCUGAAGGCCUGAAACACUGUGUAGCUCUCACGGGGCACCUGGCUGCCUUCAGACGCCGCCCGGAGGGCAGUGUCCCCGAGCCCUGCACAGCGAGCUCGCUGGUGUCUGCGGGUGAAGGAAUGUGCUUUUAGACAAGUAACCAGAGCGGAGGAGUCAGGGUUUCGUUUCCAUCUUCCCUCUCCUGUCCUUACACAGAAUCCCGACAUCGUGUGCCAUCAGAUCGGAGACUAAGGGAGCCACAGAGAAAGCUCUGGUCAGAGCAAGGGGCGUGGGGGACGCCUGGGAAAGCUAAAGGCUUAGGGAAGUCGUUCUAGAGUCGACUGAAUGUGACUAUUAUGAAGAAAACUACCAUAAAUAUGUCAAAUAAUGUGACCAAAUUUCAGGUAUCAUGUCUUCUUAGAAGCCACUUACAACAGUGUUUGACACAUUAAGAUGUUCAUUAAAUAUUUCCUGAAUUAAAUUUAAAGCAUAAUCCUCA